AUGUCGGCCCCUGUGGAAUUCUUUACGCUGCGUUUGCUCCCCGGUGAAAUCUACCACCUGGACACGAUUCGCGAUCUGCAGAUCACGAACGUGAGCUACUCGGAGCCAGAAAACCUCAAGGGCAAGAAGCGCUCGGUGCUUCGCGUGCACUACGCCGGCAACCCUAUCGACCUCGAGGAUGAUGAGGACGUUGAGAUUGAAGACGACGAUGAGGACGAGCGCGAGGAUGACGAAGAUGAGGAGGACGACGAUGAGGAUGAAGACGACGACGACGAAGAAGAAGAGGAUGACGACGAUGAAGACGACAUUGUCGACAUGGAGCCUCGCGUUCCCAUUUUCACGGACGACGACUCGUACGUCGUGUGCUCUCUCAUUCCCGAAAAGGUGGAGCAAGUGACGCUGAAUCUCCAGAUCAGUGAAGAGGAGGAAGUCGGUCUGUCGGUCUCGGGUGACGAGCCAGUGGACAUUAUCGGCAACUACCUGCUCCCGACGUCGCUGAACGACCUUGACCCCGAGCUGCUUGGCGAGCUGGAGGACGAGGACGACGAGGAGGCGCCUCGCGACCGCAAGCUGAUUGAGGGUCCUCGUGACGAUGACGACGAGGAGGACGAUGAUGAGGAGGACGAUGAUGAGGAGGACGAUGACGAAGAAGACGAUGACGAGGAGGACGAUGAUGAGGAGGAGGACGAAGACGAAGACGACGAGGAUGAAGAUGGUGACAUUGUGAUUGAGGACGACGACGAGGACGAUGAUGACGAGGACGAUGACGAGGUGCUUGUCGAGGAGGACGAUGACAAUGACGACGACGAAGAGGACAUUGUCAUUGUGCCUUCGAAGAAGCGCUCCGUGUCGGACUUGGACGAGGACGAACCCAAGCUGAGCCGCAGCCAGCGCAAGCGCCUGAACAAGAAGCUCAAAGCUGAGGCGUCGGGACAGAAGCAGGACAAGACCAAGCUUCCAUCGGGUCUGAUCGUGGAGGAUAAGAAAGCAGGUUCGGGCCCUGCAGCUAAGCCGGGUAACCGUGUGAGCAUGCGUUAUGUCGGCAAGCUGCAGAAUGGCUCUACAUUUGACUCAAACACGAAGGGCAGGCCCUUUUCUUUCCGUCUCGGCAAGGGCGAAGUGAUCAAAGGUUGGGACGAAGGCGUCAAAGGCAUGCAGGUCGGCGGCGAGCGUCGCCUCACCUGCCCUCCUCAUCUGGCGUACGGCAAGGCCAAACUCCCCGGUCUGCCGCCAAACUCGACGCUCAUCUUUGAUGUCAAGCUCCUCGAGAUCAAGUAA